CGUUUAUGUUUAAACAAAAAAAUCGAGUGCAUUUAAAUAACAGAAAAAGAAAAAAAAAAAAAUCGAUGGUAAAUACAACAAGUGGAGACUUCGUCCUUAUGGGCUUUUUAUGAACACCCCCCCCCCCUACCUCCCGUCUUCGCAUCGCCUGUACUUCCCCGCACCGCUGCGACGAGAUACGUUCUGGCCCGCUCUUUUACAAACGUUACAAAAACGCGGACGAAGCGCCGAGGCGCGCGAAACAUGCCAUCGCCUACGCGUCGUCGCUUCUCGUGUCCCUGCAAGCUCGUCCUUUCCUCCGUUGUGCUGGUGCUAUCUUCGACGCUUUUACUUGCUGAUGAUCAUAUCGGGUUCGACUACAAGACCCCGGGGAAGUGGCCGAAGCAUUUCCCGGCUUGCGGCGGAGCGCGCCAGUCGCCCAUCAACAUCGACCUCCAGCAAGUCCAGUCCCCGGCUGUAGGUCGGCCUCAGCUGCGGAGCUCGGGCCACGAGGCUCGUCCGCUCAAAAUGACGAUAGUCAAUAACGGCCACUCUGUGCAGUUGUCGGGCGAGUGGAAGCCCCAGGACGCGCCGGCUAUAUUUGGCGGGCCGCUCAUUGGGGUCUACGAGUUUGCUCAGCUGCACUUCCAUUGGGGCAAGGGGAACGACAACGGCAGCGAGCACACGGUCGCUAAUCACAGUUAUCCGCUGGAGAUGCACAUGGUUUACUGGAAAAAAGCUUACAAGACCAUAGUGGAAGCUUUGAAACACGACGAUGGUGCAGCAGUUGUGGGCUACCUUUUGUCACUCGACAAGAACGCGAAUGUGGGGAUUGAGAGGAUACGCUCGAGUUUUCCAAAUAUCUUGUACCCGGGCCAAAAGACGGAGAUUGAUCCCUUUCCGUUGUCACUUUUCGACAUUGAUGUACUCAAAGAGGGAUACGUCUCGUACUUGGGGUCUUUGACAACCCCGCCGUGCAGUGAAUCGGUCACGUGGUUGUUGUCGGUGAGGGUGAAAAAAGUAACCAUAGACGAGAUGGAGUCAUUCAGAAGGCUCAAGUUAAAUAAUGACGAUGUACACAAUUUUCGGCCAACGCAACCGUUAAAUUCUAGGAUCAUCAACUAUCACUUGGACAAUCAGCCCUAGUUAAUUAAUAUGGUGUACAACAAAAUUGGAAGGUUUAUCAGAAAUCGAUUGUGAGGAUUGAACAAAAAUCAUGCUGUAUCAUUACAAACAAAAACGUAAUUCAAAAAAAAGCAGAUAUAUUGACUA